AUGAGCCUAUUAUUUGAGGAAGUUCAAAAAAAAUUUCAUGAGGCACUCUUGGAAGCUGGAGCUGCAUUUCAACAAUGUAUUUUGCCAGGCGGUGAAGUCUUAACACAAGUACCAAAAACUUAUACAGAUGGUGCAGAAUUUAUCUACAAGUACGAUAACGCUUUCAGUGUCUCAGUGAAGAUCGUUCACUGGAAAAAUUGGUUUUACUUUUUGUGUCACAAUACGACGUCAAAUAUAACUGCUGCCAGGGCUUUCCAAAAAGAGGAUUCGAAAGGUGAUUUGGAUUUGAAGUCUUUAAUUGAUGAGAUAAUUCCAUCAAACCAAGAUAUUCGGGCUCAAGAACAAGGCGUCGCGGUAUCUGAGAAUCCAAGAAACGUAGCGCAAUCUACUGUCCACCCUCGAUUUGUAGAUGUCCAGCCCAGCGAUGCUCCCUUUGGUAUGUCAGGACCAUUUGGAAAUUUACCUAGCCAAAAGCCUCUAUUUCCAUCAAUUGGUGCCGAUGAUCUUUACCCAGCUGGCGUCGGUGCUCCCUCUUCUGGGAACAAUGGGGGAAUGCAUCCUACAUUGAAUCAUCCUAUAUUUCAUCCGGAAAGAGGAACGAAUAACACUGGUGAAGAAGAACCUCCAGUUUUGCCUUAUGUACCUUCUGGUGCUCGGUAUGAUCCAACAUCGCCUGGUGACUUGCGAGCUUUACAUGGCCCAUCUGGAGGCCAAUUUCCACAAAGAAGUUCAAAACCUGGUCAGGGUUUUAGAUUUCCUGGUGAGCCCGACAAUGAUGACUUUAUGCCUCCCGGUUCUAGCGACAUGUUCAUGUAG